CAGUUUCUUUCUUCUUUCAUCUUUGGCGUUUCGCCAACAGUAGUCUCGGUUCAUCAAAUGGAAGCAAAUCUGGCUACAACGUAUACCCUAAUUCAUGCCUUUUUGACCAAACAUUCACAUUCCAAAGCCGCAGACGCUCUGAAAAAGGCAGCGCGGGGCGUGGUAGUGUUGAAGGAUGGGAUCGAGACAGAAGGUCCGCAGUUAGAUGAAAUCAUACAGCAGUGGAAAACGAUGACCGCGAAAAGACUGAAAGAGGAUGGUUCGUCCGAUGAUACCGGUUCAGAAAGCUCAGAUUCCGAUGACUCGUCUUCGGAUUCUAGCUCCAAUGACUCUAAAUUGAGUACUGCUACCUGUAUCGCGGGUUCAUCUACAAAUGCAAAGUUCAAAAUGAAAGCUCCCCCUGUCCCUACUACAUCAUCCUCAUCCUCUUCUGAAUCCGAAUCUGCAAAUAACGUGAAAAAAGCUUCAAAGCGCGAAAAAUUGAAACAGGUCGGAAAGAAAGCCUCGAAAGCCUCGGAAUCCGAGUCAGAAUCAUCCUCUUCAUCAUCAAGUGACUCAGGCCCUUCAAGUGGGUCUAGCAGCGACUCGUCUGACAGUGAUUCUGAUUCUGAUGAUGAACCUGUCAACAAGAAGACCGCAAAUUCAGUUGAAACUUUACCGAAAUCCUCUCAAAACCGCAGUGAGACGAUGUCAUCCGGAGAUUCAAGCGACGAUUCCUCAUCAGAUUCAUCUUCUGACUCUGAAAAUGAGAAAGUGAAAAAUAAGAUCUCGGAAAAGGAAUCCAAGACAAAACAAAACAAAGCCGCGGUCAGCAAGCGAAAGGAGAAAAAAGCCGAGACAUCCGAUUCCGACUCUGACAGUUCGGAUUCGAAUUCGGAUACGAAAGAAACGUCACCUGCCACCGAAGAAGUGUCGUCGAUUCCACCUACCAAUGCCAAGUCCGAAUUGUUGCAAGAAGAUGUAAAAGCUACCAAGAAACGUCGUAUAUCGGAGGGUGGGGCUGGAGUAGCCACGGCUGUGGUUUCGACUGCACGCGUGGAACUGGAGACGGCGCCUACAGUUCAGAGGAAAGAGCAGGAAAAGGAAGCAGCUGCUAAAAACGGCAGACGUACAAAUGAGAGAUUUCAAAGAGUCGAUCCUAACAAGGUCACGUCACAGUACGUUAUAGAUAACCGUUAUGAAAAUAAGGCUGCACCAAAAAACGAUUACGGCGCCAAAGCGCAUGCAGAUCUGAUUGUCACUCGAGGUGCUGGUUUCCGUAAAGAAAAGAAUAAGAAGAAGAGGGGGAGUUAUAAGGGUGGUGAGAUAACCAUGGAAAGCCACAGUUUCAAGUUUACCUAGCCUUCAUUCAGGCUCAUUCUUUAAUAAUUAUCGUCGCACUCUUUGUUAGUCUUUACAUUCUUACGAACAAGAAACUAGGGAUCUGUCGGCUGCUAUUUGAUGACUUCCAAUUUUUCAACCCCGACCAACCUCCACGUCCCAAGGCGAACCACG